CUACCCUGGCAGACGCCGCGGACCCGGCUUACGCUGGCUCCUGUCCUCCACCCGGAAUCCGCGCUCGCCUCCAUCCAGUCUUAAGGCAAAGGAAGAAAAACGAUCGCGACGUAACCUGCCCCCAGGCACCGCCCGCUGCAGCCAGCUUGUUUGCCCUAAACCUCCAGACUCGUCCUUGGGCGUCUGGAAAAGUUCUUUCCCGGCCUGAUCUUGGGGGACUCCCCUUCGCUUAUUUUGAACUUUGCGCCGCCUGGAAAACGAAGCGAAGCAAGGGGCUGUCGAUCAGGGUCGGAGGAACUUUCUGGCUCGGCGUGACUGUCUUUUUUUUGAGGGGGGGGGCGUCCUUGCUCCAACAUCAUGGAGUACACCGCCUCGCCCAAACCGCAGCUCUCCUCGCGGGCCAACGCCUUCUCCAUCGCGGCCCUCAUGUCCAGUGGGAGCUCCAAGGAGAAAGAGGGUGCCGAGAACACCAUCAAGCCUCUGGAGCAAUUUGUGGAGAAGUCCUCUUGCUCCCAGCCGCUGAACGACUUGUCCGGUUUGGAGCCGCAGGGGGAUUUCAGCAAUAGUAGCAGCAGUAGCAGCCCCUCCUCGCUGUGCACCGAGCCCCUUAUUCCCACCACUCCCAUCAUCCCCAGCGAGGAGAUGGCCAAGAUCUCCUGCAGUCUGGAGACCAAGGAGCUUUGGGACAAAUUCCACGAGCUGGGCACCGAGAUGAUCAUCACCAAAUCGGGAAGAAGAAUGUUUCCAACCAUUAGGGUUUCCUUUUCGGGCGUGGAUCCAGAAGCCAAGUUCAUCGUGCUUAUGGAUAUAGUCCCAGUGGACAAUAAGAGAUACAGAUAUGCCUACCACAGGUCUUCGUGGCUGGUUGCUGGCAAAGCGGACCCUCCUCUGCCUGCAAGACUGUACGUGCAUCCGGAUUCUCCGUUUACGGGGGAACAAUUGCUGAAGCAGAUGGUGUCCUUCGAAAAAGUGAAGCUAACAAACAACGAGCUGGAUCAGCACGGUCACAUAAUCUUGAAUUCAAUGCACAAAUAUCAACCUAGGGUGCACAUCAUCAAGAAGAAAGACCAUACAGCUUCCUUGCUUAACCUGAAGUCUGAAGAAUUCAGGACAUUUAUCUUUCCUGAGACUGUGUUUACGGCGGUCACUGCCUACCAGAACCAACUGAUAACCAAGCUGAAAAUCGACAGCAACCCGUUUGCUAAAGGAUUCAGGGACUCAUCGAGACUCACUGAUAUUGAGAGAAACAGGGGAAAGGGGCAUUCAGACCAAAGCAGCCUCUUCUUCUUUCUUCCCUUGCAAGAUCUUCCAGGAGAUAACGCAGUAUGCCACUGUCUUCAAUCACUUAAAAGAGAAAGUGUAGAGAGCCUUAUUCAAAAGCAUUCCUAUGCACGAUCCCCCAUCAGAACCUAUGGUGCAGAGGAUGAAGUUCUGGGAGAGGAGAACCAAGCAGCACAAAACAGAGGCUCAGCUUUUACCACAUCUGAUAAUUUGUCCCUCAGUUCCUGGGUCUCGUCCUCAUCGAGUUUCCCCGGAUUCCAGCAUCCGCAGUCCUUGACUGCUCUUGGUUCUGGCACUGCGUCCAUAGCCACCCCGAUUCCUCACCCAAUCCAAGGAUCCCUGCCUCCAUACAGCCGCCUGGGAAUGCCUCUAACGCCUUCUGCCAUUGCCAGCUCAAUGCAGGGAAGUGGCCCAACGUUCCCAUCUUUUCACAUGCCUAGGUACCACCAUUACUUUCAGCAGGGGCCUUAUGCGGCAAUUCAAGGACUGCGCCACUCCUCUGCAGUGAUGACACCAUUUGUAUGACUGACCUAAGGCAAGAGAAGCCAAGACUUGGCACACAAAUAUUCUUGGACCUGUUGAAAAGGCCAAAUGAGAAACAACUGAGAAAACUAGCUUGCAUAAAACGUUAUGGAGUUAGAUUCCUCUUUGGAGGGACCUGUGUUAAGGUAUGUAUGGAGCUUGAGUAGCUCAGAAGUCUGGCAUGGCCAAAAGGACUCCAAAUGUUGCAAGGUCUAUUGUUAAAUGCUGGCUGAUCUGAAGGUGCAUCAUAACCACUAGAUAUGAGGCUGUGUAUAGUUGUAUUGUGUAUAGAUUUCCCUUCCUAACAGAGGCAAAAGAGGCAAUAAUGUGCUAGUAACUUGAUUGCUUUUUAUAAAUACUGAAACAAAUAUUUGUUGCUUUGAGCAUGUUUAGGCUACUUCAGCAUUAAGUUCACUAUGAAAGAAACAGAAGGGCAAUAUUAUACAACCCUCAUCCUUUUAAUUCCUUUAUUUAUAAUACUGAUCCCAGGUCAUUGAGACUAUUGGGUAUAAUCCACUGGAAUUCCUCCUGCAUGAUCCCUGUUUGAAACGAAUGGAAGUUGUUUCAACAAACCAUAGCUAAGAGUAACCACAGUUUGCCAAAUUUGGAUGAUAUGACAGCUAUGGUUGGUCUAAAACAGAAGCAAAAAUCCCUGAACUUCUCCUUGCCACUGUGCUGGAGAAGGUGAAGGGAGCAUAUGAGCACAAGGUUUGCCUAGGCUUGUUCUCAUAAUUAUGGUUUAGGAGUGUCCACACCAAUCCAUUGUAUCAAUUCAGGCUUGACAUUAUAGAACAGUACCAAAAAUAAAAACUGAGAGACAGUCGCUUUGUGUAUCUUGAACUGAACCAAUUUAAAUAUCAGCUUGCUGGCACUGGGUUGGUUUUUGAAGAUCUCUUGAAAUCUGAAGCAUUUCGAGUUGUAUCUAGUAUCUUGGGUCAAGAUAGCAAUGGAUCAUGUAGCUUGGUUUCUCCUUGGAAAGUGACGACGGAGAUGACUGUGGAUUGUUCCACCUUCUGUUAUUUCUUGCAGAAGUUAGAGAGGAUUUGUGGUGACUUGGUAUACUAAUAUGUGGCAACUGUAAUCUGUAUCUCGCUGUCAUCAUCUACAGUGUCAAGAUCUCUGGAAGUGGUGAGGGUGAGGUUUAGCACAGUGUUACUUUGCUGAACACUGUACCAAACUAAAGAGGAGCAUAAUCUCCAUUUCAACUCAGGCUUGUUCUAUAUAUUACUCAGGCCUGAUCCAUACACAUUACUGUGUGGAUGGAUCCUGUAACAAGAUCCUCUGCCUGUCCCAUAAUUUGGUAGGAUCUUAUGAGUGCUAUUGACACCAGUGUUUGUGGGCCAUACUUAGAGCUCAUGGUCAUGCCCAUCUGGGUCUAUUUAUCUAUUGUAGAGCUUUUACAUCCUGCCGUUCCUGGGGCUUAAGAUAGUAUGCAUAAGAUUUCCAGGUGGUCGCUCAUCUGGGUAUAUACCCAAACUACUUGACUUCAACAAGGUGGCUGCAUGAUGUGGCCGCAGAGCACACCUGGGGCCCCAGCAAUCUUAUAUAUCAACAAACAUUAUUGGAACAUUGUGGGAACCCACCACAGACAACUGACUACCAUGCUGCCCUGGCUUUGUAUCAACCAAGCCUACCUGUGCUUGGAAGAAUCUGUUCAAUGGGAAAUAUACAAAUGGGAAGUCACAGUUGGCACCUAUUGUUAUCUGCAUUUUGGUAUAAAAGGUGAGAUGUGAGGCAUUUCUUUUGUUUUCUUGAUUAUUAUUCAAUGCAGAGCGCUGCAAAUUCAGUAGAGCAUGAGAAUUAAUACAGAUAAUGUUUUUA